AUGGACGCUAACUUCUUCUCCUUAAAAUCUCAAACAUUAUCCCUUACCACCUCCACUCCCUCACUCUCCUUCUUCAAUUCACUCAACCUCCGCCCACAAUUUCUCAGGCCUCCUAAUACUUCUCGAAGAAAAAAAUGCAACAGACUCGGCCUUCUUCACACUCGCGCCUCUCCUCAAUUUCUCGUCCGAGCUUCUCUCCAUUCCGAUUCCAAUUCCAUUUUUCUUGUCGUUGCGUUCGCCAUAUCCACCUUCACUGCUGUGGCUUACUUCAAUCACUUUUUCAAGAUUAAUAGUAGUUCAAAACAGGUGUCGGGUUCCUCAAAUAACGCGUUAUCUCAACUAGGCAGAAGUACAGGGAACCACACCAUUGAAAGUCAUAAUGGGACUACUUCAAGAGAAAAUGAGUACUUGAUGGAGAAUGUAACCAAUCAAGUUUCUAAGGAAGAAAAUGCCCAUCAUCAAAUUCAGGAAUCUAGUUUGGUGCAUGAAGGCUCCCUGUUGACUGGCGCAUCAAAUUCACUUGGUGUCGAGUCUCUUGUCUCUAGUAAUGGUGAUUAUGCUUCUCCUCAAGAAUCUGAAGCUACUGCUCUACCUAUUGCACCUCAUGUGCUCCCUGAAUCAAGUGUUGUGCAACCACUUAUGUUUGCAAAUGAAAUGCCUGAACUUCAGUUGGAGAAAGAUCAAAGAGAAACUUAUGUGGACACUGAGCUUCCUGAGCUGACAGUAAAUAUCACGUCUAUUGCUUCAUUAGUUCCUGAAAACAAUGCUCAUACUGAAGUAGAUGAUGAACGAAAAUCACAUCAGAAACUUGUUGAAGAGGAUGAGAUAACUACCUUUUAUGGUGUCUUCCAAGAAUCAGUCAGAGAAGAACAAUACACAUUUCAUGGGGCAAAUCAAUCAGUGCUGAAGCCCCUAGCAAGCUUGGCUGCUGUAAAAGCUAUAUCUUCUCAUGCUUCUCCUAUGAAUAGCUAUAGCCUUUUUUCACUGAAGAGGAAUACUGAAAUAAAAGGAGCAGAAUUAUCAGUACCGGAUACUUUUCAAACUGCAGAGUAUGUUGAAGGAAAAAUUACUCUUUCACACGAAGGAGGAGCUUCCCACAAAAGAAAAGGCAUAAGGAGAGGCAGAGACAUCCCCAGAAACGAAGAAAGUGUAAAUCUGGUACAGGAAAACAGCAGAAAUUUGCUCCAGUUCCCCUAUCCAAAUGGGAUGUGUGCUAAUGACACUGAUUUUUCAGAGCAAUUAAGUGUUUACAAUCGCUUGCUAAGAGUUGGGAGGUUAACUGCUUGCGUAGAUUUGCUUGAAGACUUGGAAAGAAGGGGUUUGUUGGAUAUGAAUAAGGUUUAUCAUUCAAGGUUUUUUAAUACCUGCAAAAGUCAAAGGGCUACUAAAGAAGCUUUUCGUUUCUUCAAGCUGAUCUCAAACCCAACCUUGAGUGCUUUUAACAUGCUGAUGUCUGUGUGUGCAAGUUCUCAAGAUUCAGAGGGUGCUUUUCAAGUUUUGCAACUUGUCCAGAAGGCUGGGUUGAAAGCUGAUUGUAAACUUUACACAACUUUAAUAUCAACCUGUGCUAAAAGUGGGAAAGUUGAUGCAAUGUUUGAGGUGUUCCAUGAGAUGGUUAAUGCUAGAGUAGAGCCAAAUGUUCAUACGUAUGGGGCACUUAUUGAUGGCUGUGCAAAAGCGGGGCAAGUAGCCAAGGCUUUUGGUGCUUAUGGGAUUAUGAGGUCUAAGAAUGUGAAACCGGACCGAGUUGUAUUCAAUGCACUGAUCACGGCAUGUGGUCAAUCUGGAGCGGUUGAUCGUGCCUUCGAUGUUUUAGCAGAAAUGAAUGCAGAGACGCGACCUAUAGACCCUGAUCAUAUUACUGUUGGUGCCCUGAUAAAAGCUUGUGCAAAUGCUGGUCAGGUUGAUCGAGCACAAGAAGUAUACAAGAUGAUUCAUAAAUAUAACAUCAAGGGCACUCCAGAGGUCUAUACCAUUGCUCUCAACUGUUGCAGCCAGACUGGUGAUUGGGAGUUUGCACGCAGCAUAUAUAGUGACGUGAGAAGGAAAGGGGUGGUCCCUGAUGAGGUGUUUCUGAGUGCAUUAAUAGAUGUUGCAGGGCAUGCUGGAAAAGUGGAGGCUGCCUUCGAAAUCCUAGAGGAAGCUAAGACUCGAGGAAUGCGUCUUGGAAUUAUAUCAUAUAGCUCAUUGAUGGGGGCCUGUAGCAAUGCAAAAAACUGGCAGAAGGCACUGGAGCUAUACGAAAAUAUGAAGUCCAUUAAACUGAACCCCACAGUUUCUAUUAUGAAUGCAUUACUUACUGCAUUGUGUGACGGGGAUCAGUUACUAAAGGCAAUGGAAAUUCUAUCAGAAAUGAAGAGAUUAGGGUUAUGCCCAAAUAGCAUUACAUACUCCAUACUCUUAGUGGCAAGUGAAAAAAAGGACGAUGUAGAUGUAGGCCUCAUGCUUCUUUCUCAAGCCAAAGAAGAUGGAAUUACUCCUAACCUCAUUAUGUUUAAAUGCGUGAUUGGCAUGUGCUUGCGGAGAUUUGAGAAGGCUCAUACCCUUGGUGAACAUGUUUUGUCUUUCAAUUCUGGACAACCACAGAUUGAAAAUAAAUGGACGUUGUUGGCCUUGAUGGUCUACCGUGAAGCAAUUGUAUCUGGUACAACACCAACUUCAGAGGUUGUUUCACAAGUUUUGAGAUGCUUGCAGCUCCCUUAUGGCGCAAAAGAUAAACUGGUUGAAAAUCUGGGAGUUAGUGCUUACUCAUCAAAAUCGUCAAAACUCUAUUCAUUGAUAGAUGGAUUUGGGGAGUAUGAUCCUCGUGCUUUCUCGUUACUUGAGGAAGCUGCUUCCCUUGGAAUUGUUCCUUGUGUAUCCUUCAAAGAAAGUCCUAUUGUUGUUGAUGCAAAAAAGCUGCAGAUUCAUACUGCUGAGGUGUACCUAUUAACUGUUUUGAAAGGUCUCAAGCAUCGGCUUGCCGCUGGUGUGAAACUACCCAAUAUAACCAUUUUACUGCCGGUGGAGAAGACAGAAAUCAUGUCCUUGAAAGGGGAGAAAACAAUCAAUCUUGCAGAAAGGACCGGCCAGGCAAUUACAGCAUUACUGAGAAGGCUAGGUCUAACUUACCAAGGGAAGGAAUCAUAUGGAAAAAUUAGAAUCAAUGGGCUUGCCUUAAGAAGAUGGUUCCAGCCGAAGCUUUCUUCUCCUUUCAGUGGAAAACCAGGGGAGCUAAGCUCAUUACAAUUGGGAAAAGGAAUUGCUCAUCAGCAGCGCAAUAUUCGAACCAGUAAUCUCUCUUUGGAGUAAAGAAAGAAAUAUCUUUUGGCUUCCAGCAGGAAGACUGGGAACAUAGUGGAUGAUGCACUUUUUCAAAUGUGAGCCGGUGUUCUGCCCCAAGUUCAACUUGCAUCCCCAUAGUAUCCUUCAAAAAAUUGUAAAUGGAUGAAGACAAUUUUUUCUUACUAUAAACUUGGUGGAAGCAUGGUAUGGGAGGAAGAGAAAAAAUAUGAAUACAGCUUUGGAUCUCGUAGCUAUCUCAGGUAACGAGAAGAGCCACAUUCAUAUUCCACUUUGGAAAGUAUAAUAAAUCACAAGUUCACAACCAUCUUCCAUGCUGGAAACUUCAGGUGCAAAUGUUUCCCCUGUUUUAUGGAAUUUGUAUUACAUUAUUAGAAUGUAUAAUGUUGAAUACCACUUUUAUGAGCUAUAAAUUGAGAGUAUGUUUAUAGUGUUGAGUAGCUAUUAAUUACAGUUGCUAUACAGCAACUAGAGUUAUGUAAACUGCUUUUAAAAUAAUAUAAUGCUUGCAAAUUGUCCAAAACACCACAUUAA